AUGGAGAGUACAAAGGUAUACAUAAAUUAUUAUAAUCUAAAUUUCAACUAUGGAUUUUUGAAAUAUUUUCCUGAAUACGAACAAAUCAUGGAUGAAUGUACCAAAAACCCUGAAGAUAAUUUUAUAGGUGUAUGUAAUUCUUCAGAAUACGACGGUUUAACAUUAUAUGCACCCAAUAUACAUGCAGAAUGCCCCACCAUUAUGUCAUAUUUAUAUAAAAUAAAUUAUAAUAAAGAUUACGCUUUUAGUGAACUCGGUUGUAAAUACUUGUAUUAUUGGUUAUACCGUUAUCUUCUUCUGGAAAAAUAUAAAAACAGUGUCUUUACGAUUUAUCAUAUGUUGCUCUCAUUAAAUAUAUCAGUUUUUCAAGGAAAAGAAACAAAAAACAUUCUUAGGCCAUUAUUUAAAGAUGAAGAUCUUAAAAAGCUCACUGCUGUAUAUGAAUUAAACAAAACCCUUCAUUUUGUAAAUAUUAAUUGUGAACCUGAAAAUGAUAAUGAGUUUUGUAGUGAAGUAGAAGGUAUUAUGGGUAAAUAUAAUCUACAAAAGAAAACGCCAGUUCAUGAAUCUUUCCAGGGCAUAGUAUCAUCCACCUGCCGAACAAAUAUUGCAGUUCCCAUUUCCAUCACAAUAAUUGUUAUGUUAUUAGCAUGUCUUUUUUUAUUCGUUGUAUUGAAGUUUACAUCAUUUGGUUCUUGGAUACGCCGUGAAAUACAAAGGAAAAGAUACAUCUGGGAUAAUACAUAUGAAGAAAAAAACAUUUUCGAUGAAUCGGAAAUGUUCAACACUUCAUUAAAAAAUAUUGAACAUAAUAUUUUAUACAAUUCUUACUAA